AUGUUAUAGUUAAUUAAUUUGAUAAAAUUGAGACAAUAACAGCUAUGUGAACAUUAACCUUAUGAUCCAAAAAUUGAUAAGGAACGUAUAAAUUAAGAGAAUUAAUUACUUUAAAUCUUAUAUCGUUUCUAAAGAGUUCAUAUUGAUGAAAAGUAAGAGAAAUUAUGAUUUAAUUUAAUCAGAUUGAAUUUCUAUGAACAAUCAGCUCAACUAAUGAAUAAACCUAUUCAACCUCUACUUCCUAUACAAGUAUAUGAUUUUAUUGCAAAACUUUAUAUGGAAUUUUUUUAAGAAAAUCAAUUUUAAGAUAAAGCCUAGAAAAUCUAAUUAAUCUUGGAGAAUGAGAUGCAUAAAAAUUAAUCAUUUAUUAUACUUAUGAUUAAGUGGCUACUAGAGUAUUAUAGAUAUUAAGUCAAAGCUAAGGAGCCUCAAAUAAAACCUGUUUAAAUAAUGAGAAGAAAACUAUUAAUGACAAUAGAUUAAAAUAAAUUAGAAGUGAAAAAGUCUUCAGAGUCACAAACUAAAAGAAUAAGAAUGCUUAAUUUAUCGAAAACUCCAGAAAAUGAUUAUAAUACUUUGUCUUCAUCUAAUUAAUAAUCAACCUUAAGAAGAAACAAAAUAAAUUAAAGACAGUUAUACAAUGUAAUACCAGAUUUAGAUUGGGAAAUACCAUGGGAUCGAUCAUAUAAAUUGUUAUACAAUAAAAACAAUAGAAUAUCUAGAUCUAUAUAAAAGCAUUUCAACUGA